CUCAAUGUUUCAUAAAACCCUAAAGCAGGUUUUUGUCCACCAUUCCAAACUCUUCUCCAGAAUCCAGAUAUCAGGGAUUCAUACUCUGAACACCUCCAUUCUUGCGGGUUGUUGAACAAGUGUCUAAAAUGGAUGAAAAUAUUGGUCUCGUGCUUCAUAAUCGCAAUGAUGUUUAUACCUUAAGUUAUGAUCUAUCCUCAUCUACAUGUACUGAUGUUCGCCGUGUGAAACACCCUGUUAAAUCUUACCAUAUGUACCAUGAUGGAAUUGAGUUUUUUGGUUGCUGUAAUGGUUUGGUUCUCUUGAGGCAUGUUGAUGAAUUUUACUCUCAUGUUCUUAUCCUUUGGAAUCCAACAACUAACGAGGGUAAGAAAGUACCAUUUCCAAAAUUUGAAGAAACGGAACAAUGUUUGGACUAUGUAGAGUAUGGAAUUGGUUAUAAUUCUCGGGCGAAAGAUUUUAGAGUGGUAGCUAUUGGGAAUUUUGAAGGUGAAUUUGAGGUUAUGGUGUAUUCAUUAAAAAAGAACAGAUGGAAAGCAGCUGAGGAACUCCAUCUGGAUAAUCUUGCUCAUAGGAAGAUACCUGAUAUGGCUCGGAUGCCUGUUAACGGAGCUCUUCAUUGGAUAGCAGAUAUGGAGUCUAUGACUUUACCAUCUGAAGACUCGGAAGUUAUUCUUUCUUUUGAUAUCGAGAGUGAGCAGUUUGACCAUCUGAAACUGCCUGACCUGUUCAAUGAAAAUGCUGAAACAAGUUUGUGUGUAUUAGGAGGAUCUCUUUGCUUGCUUGGUUUUGAUCCUAAGGUUGGUGCGGAUGUGUGGGAGAUGAACCAGGAUGGAUCUGAAAAAUCAUGGACCAAGCUAUUCAACAUUGACCUGCAAAAACAUUUUGGUGGGUUGGUUAAGAAUUUGAUGCCGUUGCAGUGUGUGAAGGAUGGAAAUUUUCUGUUAGGAUUAGACAUGGAUACUGGUUUUCAUAUUAUUUUGUACGAUCCAAAACACGAUACAACUAGUAUUGUCAAGGUCCAUGAAGGUUUGAAGAAUGGCUGUUUACACAUUUCUGUCUUUGGGGAAAGUCAGUAUGUUUCAGUUCUUAAGGAUUCUCAAGUUGUUGUUUAUUACAUUAAGCCUGGAAAUCUUACAUUUAAUGAUUGCAGUGAGGAUGCUACAGUAGAAGAGCGACUGUGGAGCAUAGUCACGUCCAACUCAUCAGACUUCAAUGCUUUGGAUGCACUAAUUGAAGAUACGAAGAAGGUGGCAUGUUUAUUAUUAAGUCAGACUCUAGAAAUUAGCAUGUGUAACUCUGAGUUACACAAUUUAGAUGCAUGUGUAGCUGCAAGUUACACGGGGAAAAGAAAAAUUAUCGGUAGUCAGAAAUCUUUCUAUGAAGGAAAGCUGAGAAAUGAAAAUUGUGUUGAUUCUGACCAGGGGAAGAAAGUUGAGAUUGUCGGUGAUGAGAUGAAAAGUUUACAUGAUUCAAAUGAUAUUAUAGCAGUUUAUGCCUGGAUAAAUAAAGAUGUUGGCUACUGUCAAGAUGACUUCAUAAAAGCUGGUGGCUUAUUUGUAGUGGUGGGGGUGCAGGUUUUGGAGGAGGAUGAGAAGGCAGUGGUGGUGGCCAGCAGCCUAGAUGCAUUUACAGGUGCUCAUAGUGGUCCUGGUGAAGUGAAGAUGCAGUUGGAGUCGCUGGUUUAG